CCCGCACCCUGGGACCGGUAAGGCGGCGGCGCAGCGCGGGGACUCGAGGACCUGGCCGCAGGGCCGGCGUCGGGCGGGGCGUGAGGAGCUCUCCCGGCACGUGGAGGCGGCGCGGACCUCCGGCUGGGGCCGGGGGGGGUGGAUGCGAGGGGCUUCGCGGGAAGGGGUCCCGGAAGCCGAAAGGCCCAGAAGCAGAACCGGGAGCGGCGGCGGUCGAAGGGACCCAGCACCCAUGCUUCUUUUCUGCCGGGCCCUUUUCGGAGUUGGAAGGGCGAGCCCUGGAGGUCCAACGGGCGCUCCUCCAAGCGGAGCCUUGGAGGGCAAGGCCGGCACCAUUACCUCCAACGAGUGGAGCCCUCCUAACUCCCCUGAGGGGAGCAACGUCUCUGGGGGCAGUCAGACGUUGGACAAGCCCAUCGACAAUGACGCGGAGGGUGUGUGGAGUCCGGACAUUGAGCAGAGCUUCCAGGAGGCCCUGGCCAUCUACCCACCCUGUGGCCGCCGCAAGAUCAUCCUGUCAGACGAGGGCAAGAUGUACGGACGGAAUGAGCUGAUUGCCCGCUACAUCAAGCUCCGGACAGGGAAGACCCGCACCAGAAAGCAGGUCUCCAGCCACAUCCAGGUGCUGGCUCGUCGCAAAGCCCGCGAGAUCCAGGCCAAGCUAAAGGACCAGGCAGCUAAGGACAAGGCCCUGCAGAGCAUGGCUCCCAUGUCGCCCGCCCAGGCCAUCUCCGCCACAGCCUUCCACAGUAAAAUGGCCCUCGCCCGGGGCCCAGGCCACCCAGCAGUCUCAGGGUUCUGGCAAGGAGCUUUGCCGGGCCAAGCCGGAACAUCCCACGAUGUGAAACCUUUCUCUCAGCAAAUGUACACUGUCCAGCCUUCGCUGCCGCUGCCAGGGUUUGAGUCUCCUGCAGGACCCACCCCGUCACCCUCAGCGCCCCCCGCACCCCCGUGGCAGGGCCGCAGCGUGGCCAGCUCCAAGCUCUGGAUGUUGGAGUUCUCUGCCUUCUUGGAGCAGCAGCAGGACCCUGAUACGUGCAACAAGCACCUGUUUGUGCACAUUGGCCAGUCCAGCCCAAGCUACAGCGACCCCUACCUCGAAGCCGUGGACAUCCGCCAGAUCUACGACAAAUUCCCAGAGAAAAAGGGGGGACUCAAGGAGCUCUUUGAACGGGGACCUUCCAAUGCCUUUUUUCUUGUGAAAUUCUGGGCAGACCUCAACACCAACAUCGAGGAUGAAGGCAGCUCCUUCUACGGGGUCUCCAGCCAGUAUGAGAGUCCGGAGAACAUGAUAAUCACUUGUUCCACCAAGGUCUGCUCUUUUGGCAAGCAGGUGGUAGAGAAAGUGGAGACAGAGUAUGCCCGCUAUGAGAACGGCCACUACUCGUACCGCAUUCAUCGGUCCCCGCUCUGCGAGUACAUGAUCAAUUUCAUCCACAAGCUGAAGCACCUGCCCGAGAAGUACAUGAUGAACAGCGUGCUGGAGAAUUUCACCAUCCUGCAGGUGGUCACCAACAGAGACACGCAGGAGACGCUGCUGUGCGUUGCGUAUGUCUUUGAGGUGUCGGCCAGCGAGCACGGGGCUCAGCACCAUAUCUACCGGCUGGUGAAAGAAUAAGAGACUCAGGGAGCAGGGAGGGGGGAAGAGACGUCGUGUGUGCAGGGACAUGGGGAGGGGAUCUGCAGGGGCAGCCCCCUGAAGUGCCAGGAGAGCCAAGAGGUCCUGACUCUUCCUAUGCAGGGACAAACUGUGCCUGAACCUGCAGUGCCCAACCCCAAAUAAACCCAAGAUGGUGUGUAUUUUCAGAGGACCUGAUCUGGCUUCUGAGCCUCGGGAGGGGCUGCGGGAGAAAGGGGGACAGACUGGGAAGCAGGCCAGAAGCAGCCCCAGAGCCCCCUGAUGGACUCAGCCAGGAACAUCACCAGACGCAGAAGCUCCGGGUGGGCUGGCUCCUGUGCUGCCACUCGAGCCCUGCACUGUGCUGCCAGCCACGCCGGGGGGCUGGGGGCUGGCUCGUGGGCUCCGUUCUCUGCAUCCCACCUGGGCCCCCGCAGGGACUCGUGCAUGGUGUCCUGGCCACCUCUGUUGACCCGGCCCCAGGACAGCGAACAGCAGGGCUCGGUCCAGCCCAGGAGUUGGGUUUGAGGUGUGGAGGUGACAGUUACUGGAAAGGCUGGAAGGGGACACAGUCAGAAUUCUCUAGAUAGUUUUCAUCCAUCCCCAGUGGGAGUGGAUUCCAUAGCCAGGAGCUUGAGACAGGGAGAGUAGGAGUGGCGGCACUGAGGCCAGCUUAUGGAGUUUAGGUGGUGAGGCUGGUGUCACGCAGCAUCCUUUGUGGGGGGGUGAAGGCCAAGAAAGGGGGUCAGAGGUCUGGAGUGGACCAGUGGUCUCUAAGACCACCCAGUUCUGAUGUUCUGUGAGUCCUACCUCAGGCUCCCUCCCAGCCAGGGUGCCUGCUAGGUGGUGACUGCCUCGGAGCGAGCCCCGGCUGUCCACUCCCUCCCUAGACAGUAGUCGUUUCUGUGUGCCCUGUGGAUGGAGGAGGGGUGGAACCCACCCUGGCCUCAAGGGAACCAGUGAAGGGUUCCCUGGUUUAUCUCUUUGGAGGACUGUGCGGGCUUAGGGUUUUGGUGGUCCUGGCUUUAGUCUGGCUGUCUGACCUUGGGCAGAUUUCUCCACCAGUCUGAGCCUUGGUGUCCUUUGCUCUCCAUAAAGGGGAGGGCAAUAGCACCUACCUUAGAAGGCCUUAGUGAGAAAAAGAGCUCAUGUCUGUAAAGUGCCUAGUGCAAGAGGCACUAAAUAAAUGUUAUUAUAAUUAGUUUUUCCCUCUCCUCCCUCAGGGAGGCCUGGGUCUGGCUCUUUGCUGCCAUCUAGUGGCCCUCAUGUCACCUUUAUGGGAACCGUGAUUCCAGAAGCUUGGAGCAGAAAGAGAAUGAAGAUUCAACCUGCAGGUUUACUUUGUGCCCAGCACUCAGGGAGAUAUUAUAUGGGAAUAGAAAAGUGAGUAAGACAGCAUCUAGGAGGUGUUAUGGAAUGGUGGUUAGGAUCAAGGGCUUGAGUCAGACAGCUAGGAUGGAAAUCCUGGCACUCAGCCACUGAGUAGCUUUGUGGCCUUGGGGCAAGUUACUUAAUUUCACUGUGCCUCAGUUUCCCCAUCUGUAAAAUGGGUAUAAUAAGAGUACCUACCUCGUAUAUGUAGAGUGCCUAGAAUAGUGCCAAGCACAUAAAUGUGUUCGAUAAAUAUACAUUGUUAUUAAUAGCAGGAGCUUGCAGUCUAAAAGGUCAGAUUGAAGAACUCCUCAGUGGGGUUGGCUGAUCCUCGCAGAAACUGGAGUUCAGAGGUGGGCGAGAGCAGGGUGUGGAAGAUCCAGGGAAGAGGUUGCAAUGGAGAGGGGCUGCCCCAUAGAGGAUGGGUAGUGUUUAGAUAAGCAGAUGGACCGAAGGCUGGCCAGCAUUCCAGAUGGGGAAAAGAAGCCAGCUAUCCAGUAUCCUGCCCUCACAGGCCAAGACUGCCUCUUCUCAUCAAAAAGCGAUUUUAACCAAAAGCCUCUGGACUGCUGCUAGACCUCGUGCCAAGUUGCGUAACUCCACUGUAUGUGGGGUCGGCUCUCAUCAGAAGAUGUGCUGUGGAGGUGGGGUGUGGGGUCUGGGAGGCGCUGAGCAGAUGGCAUGUGCUCACAUGCCCACAGGCAGGUUUGUGUAAGGCUCUCCCACCCCUCCCCGGUCACUGUCACAACCCUCGCCCUCUCCUCACCUCUACCCUUGGGCUGUUUGGAUAAGGGGAACUCAGAUGCUCACCCUCUGGCUUGACUGCGAACCUUCAGGCAAAUACUCAUGAAGGACGUGUGAGCAGCCCGUUGGCCGUGGCACAUGCAUGCGUUAAGGAGAUGAUCUUUUGCAUUAUGGGUGGGAACGAGUCGGUGCAGAUGUUGGGGCCAGGUGUGAGCUGUGCGUUUUCCCUUCUCUUCAGGAGCUGACCUCAGUAGCCUCAUGGAAGGUCACGUACUUAGAGCUGUAAGUUCCAGACCAGUAAGCCAUGGGGAAUGCAGGCGUGGCUGCCUACCCCACCCCGGUACAGUGCGGAGUGUGGACAUGGGGGCCAGUGGGAGCCCUGACCUGGCCCACCGCUCUUGCAGGCUUGUGGGGCACUCAUCUGCGCGCUCGGAGUCGGGCGCCCUUCCCUGCCGUUAGGCCUUGGCACUGCAUGUGCUGCUGGCCGGUUGUGCCCCGCCCUCUUCUCCUGCUGGAGAACUGUUCCUCAUUCUUCAAGGGCCGGUGUGCGGUCACCCCUUCUCAUGUGGAAGCGUUAGUCACACCUGUCCUUGUGUGGCCGAAGCCUGCCGUUCCUGACCCAGAACAUGGGCAUCUCUGUCACCUCUCCUAAUCCUCAGCCAGUGGGGGCUGUGCUGUCCCCAUCUGAAGGAUGCAGAAAGUGGGGCACAGGGAAGUGAACUAACUUGCUGAGAGUAUUAAUGUGUUUAUUCAUUCAGUUAGCAACUGUUUACUUAACUUCUGCUCCUUGCAGGGCACUGGGAAGGUCUCACUGACCCAGACAGACGGAAGUCCUCAGGGAGCGAUGUUUCAUUGAGGAAGAAAACAAAGUGAGCAAGUAACAGGCCAUGCAGACUGUGACAAAUGCUUUCAAGGCAGAGGGGUGCUGACGUUGAGAGUCACUGGGGAAGCCUCGCAGGCCUGGGGAAGGGAGGGGAAGGCAUUCUGAGGAGAGACUGGGAGGUGUGGAUGCGGGCAGGUGCAGGGAGGAAGGUGUGUGCCAGGUACAGAGAGUGAGAGCUGUAUGGGCUAAGGUACAGGGGCGACAGGGGUUAGAUCCUGCCUGGGCUGGCUGUCCAGACCUGGGGGUGAGGGGGCGGGGGAAGCGACCCAGCUCCCUCCCCAGCCCAGCACCCCCUUGCUUGGCAAGGACUUUGGAUUUUACUCCAUGUGAAGGGAGGUCCUGGAAGUGUUUGAAGCAAGGGACUGAGUCUUUUCGAUCGUUAAUCUUUGAUUUUUUUUUUUUUUUUAAGAAAUUAUUGCUGGGGCUGCUGGGGUCCACAGAGAGCAUGCUUAAUUGGCUGCUUCUGAAUCUGUCUUUCCUCCCAGACUCAGGUCUGUGGGUGGAGACUGUAGCUUCCUUGGUCUGUUACUUUGUGUAAACUAAACACCGCAUCUGGAACAUAGCAGGUGCUCAGUAAACGUUCACUGAAGGAGUGCACGUGUACAAGGCAGCAUGAUCCAUGCCGUUGGGGUCCAGGUGGUGAGUAGGGCCCUGAGCCCAUGAGUGGAGCCCUUUGCCCUCCUGACAUGUCUACAGCUAGGAGGGAGCGUGGUUGAGAUCGGGACGUGGAAACAGACUGCUUGUCUGACCGUGACUGAGCAGACUGCCUCAGUGGCCACCAGCGAACUUCCAUGGAGUGGGAUGAGAACCCCACACAGAAGGACCUUAGGGUGUGUGUGCGUGCACGUGUGUAGAUACCAGCUCUGCCCUUUCAGGACUAAAGCCAGUGGAGGAAGGAUCAAGGGGCAGCCAUGGCUCAGGCCGCUCAGAUUGUGUGUGCUUAGUCUGUCACCGGCUUCCUCUCCCCCGCUGUAGGCUUCAGAGGACAGCAGGCAGGGUGCUGAUGGGGCUGGAGGGAGGAGGGCAGGCAGCUCAGAGAAGCAGGGGUGGGGGCAGCAGGGAGCUCCUGAUGGCCCGUGGCGCUGGGCCUGGCGCGAGGCUCUGUUGGUUCAGGGGUGCUUACCUGGGCUAAACCUGCACAGAGGGGGCGUGAGAGAUAGAGCAGCAAUGUGUUUCACCUCGGGGGCAGGGGUAGCCAGUGCUCGCUGUGUCCGACCUCUUCCGUUGUCUGCUAUGUCAGCUCCAGAAAGGAAAACAAACUUUCCCCCUUUGGGACCUAAAUUGAUACAGGAGUUGUUCUUAAGAAGCCGAAUUGGCUGCUGCUAAGUUUCGAGAUCUUGUGCAAAUAACUCACCCUCUCAGACCUUCAUGACCCCGCCUGUGAAAUGGGAAUAAAAUGGCUUUGACUUCAGGUUGCUCUUGGGAGAAAGGUGACGGCCCGAGCUGACGGUGAGCACUCAGUGAAUGGUGAUAACUUAGGUGUGUUAAAACCUGCCCUGACUCUGCUCUUUCCACCCCUAACAGACACACACUCGCACAGACACGUGCACACACACACACACACACACACACACACACACACACUUUAAUAGAAAAAACACAAGCUCUGCUCUGAUGUCCCCCAGAGCCCACAAGGAGGCCUUUGGCUCUCAGUUUCGUGGGAACUCUCCAGCACAGGGACAGUGCUUAGACUUUCGUCCUCAGGUCUCAGAAACGGGGAAGGAAGUGUUCUUAACUGAGAAGAUAACUUUGUGACCCAUGAGGGGAAGGAGGAGGCCCCAGGGAAGGGUCUCGAAAGGGAGCACGAGCAAAUGGUGGUCUAAGCCACUGUGAAUAAGAGACUGUCUGGAAUUUGGAUUUGUUUACAUCCUGAGAGAGGACGGGAGAGGUGGUCCAGCACCUUUGUAGAACUCUGGAGCCCAGUUGGCGGGGGGCUAAAGGUCUUUUUAUUUUUAAGCUCAUGGAUAUCUAAUAUUCAACUUUAAGUUUUUGUAUUUUUGCUAUGUAACCCCCCUUUGUCUCCCCAAAUCUUCAGUAAAGUCUGCUACCUACACAAA